GAGCUCGUCGAUCUAUCCACAACAAAAAAUAUCAUAAAGUGUAAACCAUAACAUACUAAAAAAAACUUGUUUAUUUUUGACUUGUCUGCUGCGUACUUACUACAUGUAAUUUUAUUUUAAAUGUUUGAAAUAUCUGAAUAAGAAUUGAGAUUGUGUGUGAGGGAAUGCGUACUACACAUAAAGCGUUUGCGUUGUGGAACUGUGUGUGUACGUUGGUGUUGGUGAUUCAUUUCUCGGAAUUGACCUUGCUAUGAGUCAUUCGCUGGAAGGCAGAGUCGGGGAUACCGCGCCUGUCUGCUUGCUGCCGGCUGCAUGGCACACGCACUCCGUUUGCUGUUCCUAGUUUAAUACCGAGUUUUGUGUAUCUUAAUUAAAAAGUAAAUUAAGUUGUAAAAAUGUGCUAUUAUAGAAAACGUAGAAAAUAUCGUUAAUCAUAAUUUUUAUUAAUACUUGGAAAUAUAAUAUUUGUGUUUUGGAAUUUGGAUAUCAUGAUAACAACCAUGACGUCAUUCAUAUUACUUAAGACAAACUCUUUUUUGUUGAGGAUGAAUAGAGAAGACAACGUUAACUGGUUUCAUGGGAAAAUAUCACGUGAAUCCGCUGAGAAACUGUUAAAAGAGGAAGGAGAAGAUGGUGUAUUUUUAGUACGGGAGAGUAAUACUUCGCCUGGAGAUUAUGUUUUGUCUGUUUUGCAUCAGGGUCAAGUAGUGCAUUAUCAAAUACGCAGACACGGUGAAGAUGCAUUCUUCUCUAUAGAAGAGCACACAACUGUUCAUGGAUUGGAUACUCUUAUACAACAUUACCGUAGUGAUUCAAAUGGACUUGUUACUAGGUUGUCCAUUGUCUGUAAAGGAGAACCACCACCGCAUGAGUCGAGGACACAGGGAACAACAAAUUUACUGCACAGAGCAACGGAAGCGGGUCAUUUCAACGUGGUGUCGAAGUUACUGGCAAGCGGCUACCGGAGUCGCGACGCCAAGAACCAGGACGGUCAGACCGCGGUGCACAUCGCCGCGAGGGCGGGACGAGACACCAUCCUCGCCGAACUCAUCGAGAGCGGCUCCACUGUCAACGUUCGAGACUCCUUUGGAUACACGCCCUUACACUACACAUGUCAAAAUAACUUGCCGAGUACAACGGAGCUUCUGAUAACGAAAGGGAACGCUAACUAUCAAAUGCGACAUGCACCUACCGGAAAAGUACCUCUGCAUGACGCAGCUCAGAAAGGACACAUUGAAUGUAUUAAGGUGCUUUUAAGAUUAAAGGCGCCAUCACAUCCAAGAACAUUAACAAAGGAAACUCCAGCAGACUUAGCAAAACAAUACGGACACACAGAAUGCUAUCAACUAUUAAAAAAUUAUCAACCAGAACAGCCCAAUACAUCAAAGAGCCAAUGGUACCACGGCACGCAGAACCGCGAUGAAGCUGUAAAGAUACUUGAAAACUACUGUAAGCAUCACAAUUUGAGAGACAAAGCUUCGGACGGCGUAUUCCUGGUGCGCUACAGCGAAAGGCGCACAGGCGCUGCCUACGUUUUGACGAUGCUCAGUGAAAACACACCUUACAACUUCAUUAUUAGAAAAGAGGGCAACUGGCUUUUCAUAGACGACGGUCCCUACUUGGAAUCAUUGGAGAGACUGAUUGAACACUAUAGCACUGUACCUGAUGGUCUACCCACAAGGCUCACUACACCUGUUCCUCCUAAACCUAAACCACCGCUACCUGAAUUUUCAACGAUGCCGAGAACAAAGAAGUUAUCAUCAAGUCGAGCAACGAAAAAUCAAACUUUAUCACUUGUGAAACACGAUAUACUUAGCGACAAAGCCGAUUUGACGUCACCUGUCUCGAAUGCUUCCAACAACAACUUGCUUGAUUUCUUCACUAGGAAUAUAUCAUUCUCAUCAGAUUUUAGUAAUGAUAGUAUGAACAACGAAGAUGACAAUGACACAUAUAAAGUACCAGUGAACAGUUCUGUGACCGUGCCCGAGAAUUACAAUGAAAUCUCUAUAAACUCCGACGGACAGCUAUCCACACUGCAAGAAUUCAUCCCGAUGAAUGAAUUAACAUUGGGCGCGAUGAUAGGAGAGGGCGAAUUCGGUUCAGUACUGCGAGCGACUUACACUCCGCACGAUCAGCCUCCGCAAACGGUUGCCGUGAAAACAUUACACGUGCAACACACCGACACGAACAAGAAGGAGUUCCUAUCCGAAGCCAAAGUAAUGAUGUCUUUAAGGCAUCACUGUAUUGUGAACUUGAUUGGGGUGUCUUUGGGUCCACCACUGGCAAUGGUGCAGGAGCUGGUGCCGCUGGGCUCGUUGCUAGAAUACCUGUUACGGCAUCCGGAAUCUAUAUCUCCCGGCUACGAACUGCGGCUGUGGGCUUGCCAGGUCGCCGCUGGGAUGCGCUACUUGGAGAAACGACGCUUUGUACACAGGGAUUUAGCAGCUAGGAACAUCUUGCUGGCUAACAGACAUCAAGCCAAAAUCAGUGACUUCGGUCUCUCCCGCGCCCUGUCCACCGACAGCUCGUACUACCGAGCGAGCCGCGGCGGGAAAUGGCCCAUCAAGUGGUACGCGCCCGAGUCCUACAACUACGGCACGUUCAGCCACGCCAGCGACGUGUGGAGCUACGGGGUCACGCUCUGGGAAAUGUUCUCGUUCGGACAACAGCCCUACGGGGAUAUGAGAGGAAUUGAUGCAAUACAACUUGUGGAAAGCGGUAAGCGUCUUGAACGCCCCGAGGACUGUCCUGACGAGAUAUAUCAAGUGAUGCUGGACUGUUGGACGUACAGUCCCGAGCACAGGCCAACCUUCAGCCACCUGGUAGAUGUGUUCUCGCAGCAUCCUGAUUACGUCAACAUAAGCCAGUUAGUCCUUGAAAAUGACGAAAUUAAUGUGUGACAGCAAAAAAAUUUUUUAUUUUUUUAUUUUUCUCGUUCUAACUGAGAUGCAUUCAAAUAUACAAAAAUAAUCUCGAAAGAUUAUGUAUGCGUCAGAAUUCUUAGGGUUGAACAUAAGUACUGUUUGCAUGACAAGUAAAACGUCGCUACUAUUGUGAAAAAAAAAUAUCACAAUUUAUAUUUAAAAGAGUUGCAAAAAGUGGAAUAUUUCAGAAAUAGUAUUUAAACAAAGAGUAAUUAUAUUUUCAAAUGUUCUCUUUCUAAAUUUCGAUGGAACUGUAGAACCUUGGAGAAGCAAAAUAUGCCUCCAGAAAUAGCAGUCAUAAUGCAAUAUUUAACAUUGUUGCACAAUGUAUGUAAUAUAUCCAAUUAAAUUAUUCUAAUGAACGGGACUAGACUGUUAGUCUCAAACAAGCAAAACAACAAUAUUCAUACUUAGUUUACUAAAUUCAUUUUGUCAUUUACUUUACUAAAUUAAGCUAGUAUUUUAUUCGCUUCUGUAUUGGAGAGGGUUUCUUUACAUUCUCUAUACACAACAAAUUCUUCAGAUACUAGUUAAAAGUCAGAUAUAAACAUAAAUAGUAUUAUGAACACAAUUUUAAAGUAAAAAUGUAAUAUACUGCAUUUACAAUUUCUACAAGGAUACUCUGAAUCGAUAAAAUGAUAAUAUUAUUAUUGUAAAUACUCUUUUUAUCAAAUAACGCCUGGAAAAGUUCUUUCCAGACAUGCGAGUGCCUACGUCGUCAAUACAUAAUAUGUUAUGUCCUCAUUACGAUCAACCUGAAUAAACAAAACUGUAUUAUACUAGAUUUGUUUAAGUGUAGUUAUAUUUUAACAACGAAUGGUCUAGAAACAAAUUGUUUCUAAAAUAUAUCGAAUAUGCCAAGAUGUGCCUGAAUGAUACCUACAUAGAUAAGAUUUUAUUUUUUUAAGUUACUACUAAAAAAUAGUGCAUAAGGUAUUUUAAUUAUAGUGGAGGUUUUUAAUGUGUAAAUAAUAUUUUGAUUCCUAUUUUAUGUACUUUUUCCUAACAAACAAACGUUAGCAAUAUCAAUUAACUUCCCUAACUGGCUUCCAAUAACGUGGAUUUGUUAAUAAAGUCGAACAUCAUUUAACGAAGUUGUAAAUUAAAUUAAGUAAUAAUUUUCUUACAUUCCAGUCUGAUUACGCAUAUCAACUUUCUAUAAUAUUUUUGAGUUUAUGUAAAAAUGUACGAAUACAUGGCGCCUGAAACAGUUCAAUUAACUUAAUCUCAAUAGCAAAUUUAUACGUAAGGGGUAUACCAUACUAACGUGAUCAUUAAUUAUUGCCAUGCGGUUGUGUUGUAGUUAAAAGUUUUCAAGUUACCCAAACUAUAUUAGUGAAUUAAAAUAAUAAAAAUUGCACAUAAAUAUUUAUGAGUCUGAUUUAGUGUAUUAUCAGUUUUAUGAUUAUAGAUUUUAUAAUAUUGUUAACAAACAGAUUGUGAUAAAGGUAUUUAUAUACAACAAAUAAACGAUUUAUAUUUAAAAUGUAUUUUUAUUUAGAUUUGUACGUUAUGUUAAAUUUCAAUUUAAUAAAAAAAUAAAACAUGAAAUAAUAUCACAAUAAACUUAACUAAAAUAAUUUAUCCCUCUUAAUUAUAUAUUGAUGCAGCAUUCAUUGUAUGGUGGUGGUGGAGUCUCGGAUCUGUUUGGGACACGGAUGGCGUCAGCGUGUCGGGCUCCAUCGGUCGUAUUAGAGACGCCACCAGGUGGUCUUCUAUUAGGGGCCGUCGGUGGAGUUUCCACAUCAGGAUUGAUGAUGGUACUCCAAAGUAAAUUCGCUCUCAUUUCAGCAUCGGAACGCUGCAGUCUGCGAGUUCGACGCCUCACGUUCGCUCGACAGCUAAAACGAGCACAAGAAAAGAAUCGUCGCAGCCAGACAUACGUUCCGACUAUGCCGAUAGCUAAACCCAUUUCUAGGCCCAUAACGAGAGCUUGAAUCGCAGAGAAUUCCCUAUCGAACUUUUCCAGGGGCGUCAAAGGGCGUUUCGAUUCCGUUACUUUUGUAGUCUCGUUUUUAUUUACUGUCGUAUUCCACACUGUGCUCAAAUCGACUGGCGCUUUUUCAAGACUCACAGUUGAUAUAAUCUUUUCUGACCUUUUAGGUCCCUUCGUACACUGGUUCUGAUAAUUGAUGCCCUUUGAUUUGAUCCAUGUCUCGAUGGCAAUGAAAUCUGGAGAACACUGCCAAUACCCGCUCCACAUUUCUAAUCGCUCUAGUUUAUUUAGAGGCUUUAAGACGUUUUCACUUAAAAUAACCACGUAAUUUUCACUAAUAUCCAGUUUCUUUAAAUUAGGCAAUCUCGUAAACAAUCUGUCUGGUAAUGAUCUGAUUCUACAGUUAUUUAGAUUUAAUAUCUGGAAAAGAAUAAACAUGCUUCACUUUUGCAAAUAAUAACACUUGUAUAGUUUAAACGUGGUCAUUGAAAGUAUACCUGCAAUUUUGUGUGCAUUAUGAACGGCUCAUUCUUUAGCGACUCGAAAACGUUCGAAGAAAGGUCAAGGUGUUCAAGCUGCGGUGUGUCCCAGAAAAGAUCGGACGGUAUAUAUCUCAGUCUGUUGUUACUAAGAUUUAAGUAGAUUAACUUUUCAAGCCCUGAAAAGGCAUGUAAUCCUAUCCAGAAUAUCAAAUUAUACGAUAUAUCCAAAAGUUUCAAGGCCGUGUAGCCGGAUUCCUAAAA